UCCAAAAAAUGUUCUUUCUUCUUCUUCUUCUUCUUCUUCCCCAAUCUCCCAUCUGUUCUUCACGCAAAGCUUUUCUUUAUUCAAAGCCAAAGCCACACGCCACCAACACUCUACCCUCACCUCCAAUUCAUACCCAAUCUUCCUCGUUUUUCCCUUCUUCCCUUUCAAAUAUUGGAUUACCCAGCAAUGGUUUCCGACUCGGAGCUCAUCAGCCGGCUCCGAGACUUUCUUCGCAAUUCCGACCUCAAUACCACUACUACUGCUAUCGUCCGCCGUAAGCUCGAGGAAGACUUCGGCAUUGAUUUGUCUGAUAAGAAGCUGUUUAUUAGGGAACAGGUCGACUUGUUCCUCCAGACUGAACAUGAGAAAGCCGUUCAAGAAGGUUAUGCCCAUUGCGAGGAAGUCCACCAGGAAGAUGGAGAUGAAAAUUUGAAGAUGGAAACGGAGGAUGGAGAUAGUGAAGACGGAGAUAACGACAACGAAGACGACGAAAAGGGUAAAACUAGCUCUGAAAAGGUGAAGAAAAGAGGGGGUGGUUUUACUAAGUUAUGUAGCCUUUCCCCACAACUGCAGGAAUUUAUUGGAGCACCCGAAAUGGCAAGGACUGAGGUUGUUAAACAACUAUGGAACCACAUUAGAGAGAACAAUUUGCAAGACCCCAGUAAUAGAAGAAAUAUUCUCUGUGAUGAACCGUUAAAAGCACUCUUUGGUGUCAAUUCCAUCAACAUGUUUCAAAUGAAUAAAGCUCUAUCAAAGCAUAUUUGGCCGUUGGAAUCAAAUGAUGUUAUUCCAGCCAAAUCUAGUCAGAAAGAAAAGCCACAAAAGGAGAAGCAGCCAAAGGAGAAGCCACAAAAGAAGCGACAGAAGCAAGGGAAAGAAGAAGAUUCAGAUGACUCUGCAAGAGAGGAUAAGCGGCAAAAGAAAGGGAAAUCUGGUUUUCUUGCUCCUCUUCCACUUUCGAAUGCUCUGGUGGCAUUUCUUGGUACUGGAGAGGAUGCAUUGCCUCGCUCUGACGUAGUGAAAAGAAUGUGGGAUUACAUUAAGCAAAAUAACCUUCAGGACCCUUCUGACAAAAGGAGAAUAAUUUGUGACGAGAGGCUAAAAGAACUCUUUGAUGUCGAUUCCUUUAAUGGGUUCACUGUUUCGAAACUCCUGGCCACGCAUUUUAUAAAGAUGAAACAGUAAGUUCCUCCUACACAUUGUCUUUGUUGAUGCAAGAGAAUCUAGAAUUUUGCUUGAGAUAGUUUUAGUGGUCUCUUUUUUGUGUGUUAUUCUCUGGAAUUCACCAACAAGGCAAUGGAAAAUCUGUUUUUAUUGACCUUGUGUUAUCUCUUCUCUUUGGUGGGUGGUCUGUUGCAAAAUCUUUCAGAAUUAAUUAGACUAACCUUGUCAAUUCUUCUAUACUUCCCUUAGCUUUCAAGUAGUUGCUUAAGUUCUUAAAAAAAGAACCAAAAAGAAAAUGUCCCUCAUAUUGGCUAACUACAUUUUGUGUUGUAAUUGUCACUAUUUUGUUUUUGUUUUGUUCAUUGCUUACCAAACUAAGCAGUUCUUUCCCUCAUUCUUCUCUCCCCAAAACUUCUAUGAAAGAUUCAUUGAAGAAUGUUAACGCCUGAGAGAUUAAAAAUUGUGGGGAAGAAACUGGUUAGGAGGUGACUUUCAUUUCAUGUGGAAAGAUAACAUUUUCCUUCUC